AUGGAGGGUGGAGAUAGGUUUGAGUUUUUGGUACAGAAGUCGGUUUGUUUUGACUUAAGCUUAGAAGAAUACGAAGAACUAACAGAACUCUUGAAUAUAGAACAUAACUUUUUGAUUUAUUAUCCUCAAGCAAUGGCUGUUAUGACUGAAAUGAUGAGUGAAAGUGCAUUCAAAACUUAUGCUUCAGCGAAGAAGCCAAGUAUCAAAUACCAUCCUUCUCCUGAUCUCAAACUUGUGCCAGUUAGUAAGCUUGCAGACUCAGGUCAUUUUUAUUUUGGACAAAUAAACAAGAAAACGCGUCAAUUCGAAGGAAUCGGAAUUGAAGUUAAUUCUGAAGGCCAAGUCUUUCAUAGUGCAUUUUACAAUGGUUCUCCAAAUGGUAAAGGAAUUUUAAUCAACAAUUCCGACCUUUUAUAUUUUAACGGAGAAUACGUGAAUGGUAAAUUUUACGGGACAGGAACAUACAUCAACCAUUCAGGGAAUAUAUUUGAAGGCCAAUGGAAAGCUGAUAAAAUCAAUGGCUUUGUAAUUCAAACUGAUCCGAAUGGAGAUAUAUAUGAAGGAAAUUAUGUUGAUGGAAAGCCUGAAGGUUUAGAGAAAUUCACUCAAAAUGAUGGGGUGUCCACUGAGGGUCAGUGGGAGAAUAAUCAACUAAAUGGGUAUGCUAUUAAUGUUUUGCUAAACGGAGUUGAAUAUUUUGGCAAUUACAAGAAUGGCUUUAAGGAUGGAAACGGAAAUCUUACCAGUCCAGAUGGAAGUUCAAUUUCAGGAAAAUGGGUACAUGAUAAAUGUGAAAAAGGGGUAUAUUUAGAUACUAAAGGAAGAGAAUACAAAAUACCAGAUGAAAUUUCUUAUAAAAAAGCGUUGUCAAUGCUAGAGUCAAUACAACAUAGAGAUAAUUCAAUCUAA